UUGGACCAGAGCUGGGCAGAGCGCAGCACUCGAGGGGCAGAGGGAGAGAGAACAGCAACAACAGGAAGAGGUGAAACAGGAGGAUCGGUCGUCUGGGACUAAGGGGUUUUGAAAAACAAUAUUUUAAAGAGACUAACAAGACUCUACUGCUCCUCUGCCUUGAAUUGAGUGCCGUCGCCCUGACGGACCAAACUGCUCUCUGACUGUGACCGAACUGAGGCUGAAACAAGGGCGCCAUGUGCUGCACUGGGAAGUGUGCUCGGCUCGUGGGCCUCACCCUCCUGCCCUCCGCCUUCCUCUGCAUGAUCGCCAACCUGCUGCUCUUCUUCCCCAACGGGCAGCAGCUCGAAAACAGUCAGAUCUCUCUUCAAGUGUGGCUCAUGGGAGGCCUCAUCGGAGGGGGGCUCUUUAUGCUGUGUCCCAGCUGCUCUGCCAUCAGAGCUGGGGGAAAGGGUUGCUGUGGGACAGGUUGCUGUGGAAACCGUUGCCGGAUGCUGAACUCAGUCUUCUCUUCUGCCUUUGGACUGGUGGGGGCCAUAUACUGCACCAGUGUCGCAUCAGCUGGCCUGGCCAUCGGACCCAAGUGUCAAACAUUUUCUGGAAAAUGGGAGUACCCCUUCGAGGACCUCCCCAAAAACGGGAGUUACCUGACAGACAAGGAGCUGUGGGACUGGUGCACUGCCCCAGAGAACAUAGUCAUGUGGCACAUAGUGCUGUUUGCCAUCCUGCUGUGCCUGGGCCUGCUGGAGCUGGUGCUCUGCGCCAUUCAGGUGCUCAACGGCUGCGUGGGCUGCCUGUGCGGGGACUGUCGCAGCAAAGGGAAGGAGGACGAUGGAGGACUGUGACAUGUGUGGGAGGAAACGGACAGACUUCCUGCUCCUGGAACCCAUAUCCACACUCGGGCAGGAGUAGCACUGUAGAAAAAUUGUCAGCACACACACCUCCCAUCCCUAUUCUAAACACGCCAGUUAAGACCUCGAGGUCUGAGCUUCUUGCUUUCUUUAAUUACCGAUUCUUUGCCUAUAAACCUUUAUACUCACCUAGCAGAUGCUGGGUUUCAAAGGAAAACAUGUUAAUGCCUAAAUCCUGUCCAGCUAAUGCUUGUCAGAUAUUACACUCUAGGUUAUUCUUAAUUGUUUCUUAAUCUUUUUUUAGUUACUUGAACGUAAUACUUGAAUAAUAUUAAUUGCAUUUUUAUUUACUAGUGAAUGUAUUGUUUCGGUCUUAGAGAUGAGAGGUUCACAGAUCUGGUAUUGUAUGAAAGAUGUAAUGUAAAUGUGUUGUUUUUCAGGUUAAUUGCAACUGUGUUACAAAUCUCUUACCCCUAGGGGGUAAUGCUUAUAUCCAAAAUGAAUAAAGCCACUUAUGACA